UUUGCUCUCUGACACACGUCCCGCCACGUGACGAAACCCGGAAGCAGUCCUCCACCCAGCUCCCGAAUCGCCCGAGUUUUGCCCUUAUUGUUUGAUAUUGUGCACUUCAGGCCGAGUUCAGGUUCAGCAUUUGUGCUGAUACCGGACAACCGGUAAAUCUGUGUGUAGUGAGAUCAGCGAAAGUUAACCAUGGCUGGUCGAUUACCGGCGUGUGUUGUGGACUGUGGAACGGGAUACACAAAGAUCGGCUAUGCAGGAAACACGGAACCCCAGUUCAUCAUACCGUCAUGCAUCGCCAUCAAAGAGUCUGCUAAAGUGGGGGACCAGGCCCAGCGGAGGAUGAUGAAGGGGGUGGACGACCUGGACUUCUUCAUCGGCGACGAGGCCAUCGAGAAACCGUCAUACUCCACGAAGUGGCCAAUCCGCCACGGCAUCGUGGAGGACUGGGAUCUGAUGGAGCGCUACAUGGAGCAGGUCAUCUUCAAGUAUCUGCGGGCGGAGCCUGAAGACCACUACUUCCUCCUGACAGAGCCUCCUCUGAACACCCCAGAGAACAGGGAGUACACGGCAGAGAUCAUGUUCGAGUCCUUCAACGUGCCGGGCCUCUACAUCGCUGUGCAGGCUGUUCUGGCGCUGGCUGCUUCCUGGACGUCCAGGCAGGUCGGGGAGAGGACGCUCACCGGGACCGUGAUUGACAGUGGCGAUGGAGUCACCCACGUCAUCCCUGUGGCCGAGGGCUACGUGAUUGGCAGCUGUAUAAAGCACAUCCCCAUCGCUGGCCGCGACAUCACCUACUUCACCCAGCAGCUCCUGAGGGACCGAGAAGUGGGGAUCCCCCCGGAGCAGUCCCUGGAGACCGCCAAGGCAGUGAAGGAGCGCUACAGCUACGUGUGUCCCGACGUGGUGAAGGAGUUCAACAAGUACGACACGGACGGCUCCAAGUGGAUCAAGCAGUACACGGGCAUCAACGCCAUCACCAAGAAGGAGUUCACCAUCGACGUGGGCUACGAGCGCUUCCUGGGGCCCGAGAUCUUCUUCCACCCCGAAUUUGCGAACCCCGACUUCACCCAGCCUAUCUCGGAGGUGGUGGACGAGGUCAUCCAGAACUGUCCCAUUGACGUCCGACGCCCGCUCUACAAGAACGUGGUUCUGUCCGGGGGGUCCACCAUGUUCCGGGACUUUGGCCGACGUCUCCAGCGGGACCUGAAGAGGUCCGUGGACCAGCGCCUCAAGAUCAGCGAGGAGCUGAGCGGGGGAAAGAUUAAGCCCAAGCCCAUCGACGUGCAGGUGGUCACUCAUCACAUGCAGAGAUACGCCGUGUGGUUCGGUGGCUCCAUGCUCGCUUCUACCCCUGAGUUUUACCAAGUGUGCCACACCAAGAAGGACUACGAGGAGAUCGGGCCAAGCAUUUGCCGCCACAACCCCGUGUUCGGAGUGAUGUCAUAGGCCGCCCGAGGACCAGGAAGUGGGAGGAGCACGGUUGUUAAGCCGGACAUUCCGGAACCCCCCCCCCCCCCCCCCCCCCGAAAAUUUACGACCAGAGUAACGGCAGACCAAUAAAACUCCACCGUUUAAAACUAAAAAAAAUUAAAAUGUUAAAAAAAUUAUAAUCAUAAAUGGACACGACAAGCCCGGGGCUUGUCGUCGUGUGCCUGAACUAAUAGAGUAGUGGACGAUUCAAGUAAUAAAUAAUUUCUAUGUGCCUGAUUAUCGAACUUUAAUAUACUGACAGGGUUUGAAUAUGAACUUAAUAGAAGCGUAUAUCUCAAGCGGUAUAUGCUUCUAUAUAUAAUAUAAAACAAGAUAUUACAACACUUUUUUUUUAACUUUUUUAUUCUUUUUCAAUUCCCUGUUGAAUCAAUAGCGAGGGGGGUGUGGCUUGAUGUUUUCUUUGUUUUGGUGGGAUUCAAAGAUUUCCUUGUGUAACUUCAGGGCGAUCUAUCGUGGGUCCGGUCUACCGUUUUCAGAACUGGCUGCCGGGGGUCCACGUCUGCUUUAUAAAUGUUGAUUUCGGUCUUGUUUCAUCCUAUGGCUCACGUUGCGUUAGGCGGAACAUGGAUCCAAUGGGGCUCGCUCAGAGCGAUUAGGGAAGCAACUGUGUUUUUUUCGUCUACUCGGGACAAUUGACACAUCUUCAUGUACACACACACACACACACACACACACACACACACACACACACACACACACACA